AUGGCUGAAACUAGGUCUUCCAUCCAGAACAUGGAGAUACAGGUUGGUCAGCUGACUAAGAGGAUCCCAGAGAUUCCUUCCAACACUCUUCCAAGCAACACAGAGGUGAAUCCAAAGAAAGAGUGCAAGGCCCUCACUAUAGAGGUUGUAAUAGAACCUAAAGAGAAGCCUGCUAUUGAUGAACUCAAAGAAAUCAGAGCUCAUGAGGAGACUGAUAAUGUCACCUUACACGCCCCUUUGUUGGAAAAGGAACCUGAAGAAUACUCUUCUUCAGAAGAGGAUGAUGAGUCCAAGGAAGAGCAAAUUGCUCGAUACUUGGACAUCCUCAGGAAACUGAAGGACAACUCCUCUCAUACAGAGGCAUUUGAGGGGGAAGAAGAACCUGUGGUACUGGCCAAGGAGUCUAGUGCCCUAGUUCAGAAGAAGUUUCCUCAACAGCUACCGGAUCCCGGAAGAUUCCUGAUUCCCUUUACUAUAGGGACCAUCACCUUUGAGAAGGCACUAUGUGACCUUGGCUCAAGCAUCAAUCUAAUGCCACUCUUUGUAAUGAAGAGGCUAGGAAUUCUAGAGGUGCAGCGUGCCAAGAUCUCAUUAGAGAUGGUAGACAAGUCCCUGAAAAGGGCAUAUGGCAUGGUGGAAAAUGUCCUAGUGAUGGUUGAAGACCUUUACAUCCAUGCUGAUUUCGUAAUCCUAGACAAAGGGGAGGAUAGAGAUGAAUCCAUCAUCCUUGGAAGGCCUUUCCUAGCCACUGCUAAGGCCAUUAUUGAUGUGGAAAGAGGAGAGCUAGUCUUAAAACUACAUGAGGAUUGUAUCUUGUUUAAGAUACCCAACCCUCAGUCUCCCUCUGACAGAGUUGGUACCACUGUGUAA